GCUGAGCCCAGUUUGAGGAUUCAAUGCAGCAGAGUGACUGGACCAGGCCUGAGCUGUGUCUGACUCACUUCCGACUUUAGUUUUUACAGAGGAGAAAAUGGCUAAGAUGCUCAUUUUCGUCCUUGUCACUGCUCUGGUAGUGGACACAGAUGUCUGGGCUCUGGACAACUGCUUCCAAGAAGUAGCACGGCUCAGAGCUCAAGUGCAUCUGCUGGAGACCCAGAUCAAACAGCAACAGAUCAAAAUUGAACAGCUUUUGCAAGAGAACGAAGUCCAGCUCCUUGACAGAGGACAGGAGAAUAGUGUCUUCGACAUUGGAACCAAGAGGCAAUAUGCAGACUGUUCCGAGAUUUUCAAUGAUGGGUAUAAACAGAGUGGAUUUUACAAAAUCAAGCCUAUCCAGAGCACAGCGGAAUUCUCUGUUUAUUGUGACAUGUCUGAUGGAGGAGGAUGGACAGUGAUUCAGAGACGAUCUGACGGCACCGUGAACUUUAACAGAGCCUGGGAAGACUAUGAAAAGGGUUUUGGAAAUUUUGUUCAAAAAAAUGGUGAAUAUUGGCUGGGUAAUAAAAAUCUUCACUUUUUGACAACACAAGGAGACUAUACUUUGAAAAUUGACCUUGGAGAUUUUGAGAAAAAUAGUUGUUAUGCACAAUAUAAAGAUUUCAAAGUUGGUGAUGAAAAGAGCUCCUAUGAGUUGCACAUCGGAGAAUAUUCUGGAACAGCUGGCGACUCCCUUGCAGGGAGAUUUCACCCUGAGGUGCAGUGGUGGGCUAGUCACCAAAGAAUGAAAUUCAGCACGUGGGACAGAGAUAACGACAACUACGAAGGGAACUGUGCUCAGGAAGAUCAGGCUGGCUGGUGGUUUAACAGGUGUCACUCUGCAAACCUGAAUGGUUUAUACCACGGUGGUCCCUACACGGCUGAAACGGACAAUGGGGUGGUCUGGUACACCUGGCAUGGAUGGUGGUAUUCUUUGAAAUCUGUGGUUAUGAAAAUUAGGCCAAACAAUUUCAUUCCAAAUAUUGUCUAAUUUUCUCUGAAUCUUGCUGUUCAUCUUGAAACAUCCCUGUUUGAAAACAGUGACAUUGAAUAUACACACAGAAGAUAAUGUCAAUUGUAUGCAAUACUUUUCAUUCUCAUUUGCUUAUUACUUAUAUACUUUCAGUAAAAUAAACAUGCAAUACACA